CGCUGCAGCCGGCGGAGGGAGCGGAGCCGCAGCGGAGCUGGAUGGAGUCGAUAAGUACCGGCGCCCGGCAGGGGCUCCGGGCAGAACCGAGCGGCAGCCGGCGGGUCGGGCUCCCCGCAGCCCGGCCGGUAUGAGCGGAGCCCCGGCGGCACCGCGGGGACCCGGCGGGGGCUGAGCCGCGCGGAGCGGCCCCCCCGGCCCCGCCGCUCCCGGGGGCGGCCGGCGCAUGGAGCGGCGGCGGCCGGGCCGGCCUGGGAGAGCGGCCGGGGCGGGUGGAGAUUUCUUGCCCUGGGAGUGAGAUGAAUGGGGUUUCAUCAAACAAAGGGUCCCAGGCAGCAUUUCAGGCUCCAAGACGCGUCCAGGGACUUUUCAUUCUUUGUCUGAAAGGCGGCCGGUGUCGUUGCCAUUAGAGAGAUGCCUGCGAGAGCCAGGGCCGCCGAGCGAGCGAGAGGAGCUGCGUCAGCUCAUCGGCUUUCAAAUCACCUUCAAACCCUCCCAUUCCUUAACAUGAUCCCUCCAGCAGCCCGGGCUCCGGGGCACAGCCGGGGGGCUUUGCCAGGAGGAGAAUAAACCGGGGACAGCGGCAACAGCCAUCGCUGGAGAAACCUCCCGUGCACAGUGGGUGGUACCCCAAAAUCCACCCCUGCUGCCUUAUCCAGCCCUCCUGGACUUCAAUAGGGUCAGACAACAGCUUUGCACAGCCUCACUCUGCAGCCCUCGCUGUGAUUUUGGGGCAUCCAUCUGCUCCCCCAGGAGCCACCUCCAGCCUGGGGGGGCAAACUCCCUGGGAGCACCCCUGGGGCCGGCGAGCAGCUCCCCCGCGGCGCCGGCUGCCGCGGAAGGGAUGAAGACGCUAUGGCCAAAUUAUUGGUAAAACUCCAGCGGUAUUUUCGGCGCAAACCCGUGCGUUUCUUCACACUGCUGGCUCUGUACCUGGCGGCAGGCAGUUUGGUUUUCCUGCACUCGGGCUUUGCCGGGGAGUCUACGGUGACAGGGACCCAGCGUGCCCCCAGGGAGGGACCGGGGCUGCCCUACCUGGGGGUGAUGCAGCUGAGCCGCGGGUUCAAGGCUGCGGCAACAAUGCCGGAGGGGGGACGGCGACACGGUCCCUGGUUCAAAAGCACCUCCAAGGAACCGGUGGAGAGGGGUAAAGCCGGAGACCACAGCAGCAGCCGGAGCUGGGCGCUCAGGGGCAGGAGCGGCCGCGAGAAGGAAGAGGACAGAGCGAGAUAUAUCGGCUGCUACGUGGACAACACUCGCCGGCGCACGCUGCGCGGUGUGUCCUUCUUCGACUACAAGAAGAUGACAGUCUUCCGUUGCCAGGACAACUGUGCCGAACGGGGUUACCUCUAUGCGGGACUGGAAUUUGGCGCCGAGUGUUACUGUGGGCACAAGAUCCAAGCGUCGAACGCCAGCGAGUCCGAGUGCAACAUGGAGUGCAAGGGGGAGCGGAGCAACACCUGCGGGGGGGUCAACCGCCUGUCCAUCUACCGCCUGGAGCUGGCCCAGGAGUCAGCCAGGAGGUAUGGCAGUGCGAUAUUUCGGGGGUGCUUCCGCCAGCCAGACAAUGUCUCCAUCGCCCUGCCCGUCAGCCGGCUCAUGCUGAACAUGUCGGUGGACAAAUGUGUGGACUUCUGCACCGAGAAGGAGUACCCACUGUCGGCUCUGGCCGGGACCUCCUGCCGCUGCGGCUUCCCCACCACGCUCUUCACCCUGCACGAGCGCGAGGACGAGCAGCUCUGUGCCCAGAAAUGCGCCGGCGAGGAGUUCGAGAGCUGCGGCACCACUGAGUAUCUCCUCGUCUACCAGACCCAAGUUCAAGACAACCGCUGCAUGGACAGGAGGUUCCUCCCAAGCCGGGCCAAGCAGCUGGUGGCCCUGGCCAGCUUCCCCGGCGCCGGCAACACCUGGGCACGCCACCUCAUCGAGCUGGCCACCGGCUUCUACACCGGCAGCUACUACUUCGAUGGGUCUCUCUACAACAAAGGGUUCAAGGGCGAGAGGGACCACUGGCGCAGCGGGAGGACGAUUUGCAUCAAAACCCAUGAGAGUGGCCAGAAGGAGAUUGAAUCCUUUGAUGCUGCCAUCCUGCUCAUCCGCAACCCCUACAAGGCUCUGAUGGCCGAGUUCAACCGCAAAUAUGGGGGUCACAUCGGCUUUGCCGCCCAUGCGCACUGGAAGGGCAAAGAGUGGCCAGAGUUUGUGGCUAACUACGCACCCUGGUGGGCAACCCACACGCUGGACUGGCUGCGCUACGGCAAGAAGGUGCUGGUGGUGCAUUUCGAGGACCUGAAGCAGGACCUCUUUGUGCAGCUGCAGCGCAUGGUGGGGCUGCUGGGCAUCACCGCCUGCCAGGACAGGCUGCUCUGCGUCGAGGGACAGAAGGAUGGCAACUUCAAGCGAUCGGGCUUGAGGAAAUUGGAAUAUGAUCCAUACACUCCUGAGAUGCGGAAGAUGAUCAGCGGCUACAUCAAAACGGUGGAUGCGGCUCUGAAACUCCGAAAUCUGUCAGGGGUGCCGGACGAUUAUUACCCAAGAUGAUGAUGAUGAUGAUGGCGGGGGGGACUUGACCCUGCGUGGCGAGGAAAGGCUCGGUCUGCCCGGCCUCUACCUCUUUCCACCCAGUGGGUGGCUUUUCUUUUAAUUCUCCAUCUGCUGCUAUUAGCUGUUAAUUAACUCCCUGCAUGAGCAUAGAGUGGUCCCCAGCCAGCGCUGAGCUUGCUUGGCUGAUGCCAAAGUGGAUCCCAGGGGAUGUGGGUGCCUUCAUUCCCCCCGCUAUGGGGUUCCUGCUCUGUCCCACUCCCAUUUCGGCUGCCACAGCCUCCCACCUUGGCAAUGGGCAUGGGUGUCCCUAACAUCCCCUUGCUCCAUGCCCAGCCCUGGGGGAGCUGCCUGAACCCCAUGGAGCCCAUUGCCCUUCCCAAGGAAGGAGAGACCCUGGGGGGGUUGGCACCACAUGGAUGAUGCCCCCUUGGAUCCUGCUUGGGGUGAUGGAAAACAAGAGGGGUGUGCAGGGGACAGCGGUGCCUCCCAAUAAGGUGGCCAUGUCCCAGUGCCCAAAUCCUGCCUGUGGGACCCCCACCUCAGCCCACCCUCUCCUCCCAACAAGCAAGUGAAGCCAAAGCAUCUCCCAGAGCCUUGGGAAAACGCUGUUUGCUACGUUGGCUUUGUGCAGAGCUGCAUGUGUCCCCAGCUGUCCUCACCCUGUGUCACCUCCCCGCCCGUCCCGGCUUUGCCACAAACGAGCUCUCUCUCCUUCUCCCAUCCCGCGUGUCCCUUUUGGAUGUAGGUGCAAAAGCCAUAUAUUGUACGCAGCCUUUUCUAGAGUUUAGGUAUUUAAUGAUUGGCUUGGGACUCUUGAUCUUGCUAGAAAUGACAUGUGCAGGUCGGAAUCUAGAGACACCCCUCAAUCUAUAUUCAAAGAGAGAGAAGAAAACUCUGCGGAGAAAAAGUAGAAUUUAAAUAAAAUAUAUUUUUCUAAUGUGCAUGCGGAGCAGACACGGGCAGUGAUGCUGGGGGACUCCGAGUUCCUGUUUCUUUGCACGGAAGUGGGCGAAUGUGUUUUUGAGGAGCAGAUGCCCUGUUUUUAACUCUUCCCUUGACAAGUGCUGGAGGUUUUCUAGGAAAGCGGGUGAGCCCCAUCCCAGCAGCGGGAAUGGAGCUGACCCCGGCUCCUUCGCUCGCAGCAGCCCGGGGGCUGCCUACCUCGGUCACAACAAAUCCUCAGGUUAAUCCAGCUAUUAAAGGAGAGAUUUUGUUGUUA